GGUGGGGGAACUUCUGCAUCCAGUAGAAAGUCCAACUGGACCAGCAUACACACUUCCUCCGCCUCAGUCCCCGGUACCGUGUCUGAGCUCGGCGUUGGGAGCCCGCCUCUGUCCGCGAUUCCUCAGUAGCUGCUGGGGGAGGCCGUCCUACUGCCACCGGACAAAGAAAAAAGAAUUUCCAAUAAAGCUGUGAAAGUGAAAGCCUCGGCUGGUCUGAACACAUGAAUGCCCGCAGAGCAUGUUCCGGUGUCAACCUACAGAAAGGAGCCAUUUCAACAGAGAGGGCUAACACUGAAGAGUCAGUACGACUGGGGAGACUACAUGGAGAGAAAUAAGGGAAAACUGAGAACGAACCAGAUGUUGGACUGAAGGCAGGAUGGACUCCGGAGCGACCCUAACGAGGACUGACGGUGUUGGUGCCAGACCUGCCGGGGAAAAGAUCAUGGCUCUGACCGACACCAGCGGAGACCCGCUGUCCCUCGGCAACGGAGGGCGCCAUCCUCUAAGCGCCGGUGGAAGCGGCCCUUCGGUCAACAGUCAGGAGGAGCGCAGCACCCAGGAGGCCGUCUCCGCGGCUUCCAGCUGCGACCGCCUCCCGGCAGAGAGCGACGGCGACGCGGAGCUUAGGAACGGAGCCUCGAAGCUGCAGCAGGGAUCCCACGUCCAGAGAGCCAACGGGCCCGUCCAGAACGGCGGUACGGUCAAACUGAACAGCUCUUUGAGUAACAUCCCCCCUUCGCCACCCGCUUCUCCAUCCUCUGCCGUCACGGACUCCCAGACGCCAAACAGGCUUCACCAGGCCUCCACCCUGUCACCGGCGUCUUCUCCUCUCUGCUGCCCCCACUGCCACAUCCACUCCGCCCUGUGCUGCCCCUGCGGACAACCAGACUGUGCGCUCUUCCAGAGCCCUGCGCCCGGCCCCGGGCCCUGCUCCAGUCCGCACACGGGUACCGCUCCACCCUGCCCCUGCUGCCUCUCCACCUGCACAUACUCUCACCCGCUGCCUCAUCGCCAAGCCUCCCCCAUGUCUCUUCACCACCAACGCUGGCAGGAGCACCUCCAGAGCCAGAUCCAUGCUCCGGGGAUCAGCCCUGCAAGGCCCUUUCGAUUCCCCAAAAGCUAUUCAGAGCUGAUAGCCGAUUGGCCAGUUGUCGUGCUGGGAGUGUGUACGGUGCUCAUCGUGAUUUGCGCCCUGGUGGGGGUCCUGGUACCCGACCUGCCUGAUUUCUCUGACCCGCUGCUAGGUUUUGAGCCUCGGGGAACUGCUAUUGGCCAGCGACUGGUCACAUGGAACAACAUGGUGAAGAAUACAGGCUACAAAGCCACACUGGCCAACUACCCCUUCAAAUAUGCAGACGAGCAGGCCAAAAGUCACCAAGAACCUCGAUGGCCAGAGGACCACUUGGAAAGAGACAAACGGGAGGUUGAGUGGGACUUCAGUAAAGAGUUCUUCUGUGACGUACCAGGUGACAGCUAUUCCAGACUGGUGUUUGCAUCGGCCGAGGGGAAAAGUCUGUGGAACAUUCAGGCCAUCAAAUCGAUGUGCAAUCAGGACAACAGAAGGGUGCGCUCCCACCGCGAUUACCUGAAUCUCUGCCAGCGCACCAAUAACGUCUCCUGUUGUCCAAGCUGGACUCUGGGUAACUACAUAGCCGUCCUCACCAACAAGUCAUCCUGCCAGAAGAUCACAGAGCGGGACGUGUCGCACACACUCAAGACCCUGCGCUCGUGCGCCAAGUACUACCACAACGGCACCCUCGUACCCGACUGCUGGGACAUGGCGCUGCGGCGCAAAGAUCAGCUGAAAUGUGCCAGCGUGCCCCGCAAGUGCACAAAGUACAACGCCGUCUUCCAGAUCCUCCAUUUCCUGGUGGACAAAGACUUCCUGAGCCCAAAGAGCCCGGAGCAUCCUCCCGUGCUCAGGUACAGCAUGUUGUUCUCGCCCACAGAGAAAGGAGAGUCCAUGAUGAACAUUUAUCUGGACAACUUCGAGAACUGGAACUCGUCGGACGGCGUCACCACCGUCACGGGGAUCGAGUUUGGGAUCAAACACGACCUCUUUCAGGACUACCUGCUCACUGACACGCUGUACCCCGCCAUAGCCAUAGUGAUAGUCCUGCUGGUCAUGUGCGUGUACACGCGCUCGGUUUUCAUCACGCUGAUGACCAUAAUCGCCAUCAUCAGUUCGCUGAUCGUGUCCUACUUCCUGUACCGAAUGGUCUUUAACUUCGAGUUCUUCCCGUUCAUGAACCUCACCGCCCUCAUCAUCCUGGUGGGGAUCGGGGCAGACGACGCGUUCGUGCUGUGCGACGUGUGGAACUACACCAAGUUCGACAAGCCGCACGCCGAGCUGUCGGAGACGGUGAGCGUGACCCUGCACCACGCCGCCCUCUCCAUGUUCGUCACCAGCUUCACCACCGCCGCCGCCUUUUACGCCAACUACGUCAGCAACAUCACCGCCAUCCGCUGCUUUGGCGUCUACGCCGGCACGGCCAUCUUGGUCAACUACAUCCUGAUGGUGACGUGGCUGCCCGCCGUGGUGGUGCUACACGAGCGCUACCUGCCUAACCUGUUCGCCUGCUCCAAGCCGGCGCAGCAGCAGGCGAACUGCUGCACGCUGGCGUUCUGGGCCGCCCUGUGCCACAAGCUCCACAGGUGCCUGUUCACCGUCUCCGAGGCGUCCCGCAUGUUCUUCGAGAAGGUACUGCCGUGCAUCGUCAUCAAGCUGCGCUACCUGUGGCUCUUCUGGUUCCUCGCCAUCACGGUGGGCGGCGCUUACGUGGUGUGCGUGAAUCCCAAGAUGAAGCUGCCGUCCCUGGAGCUGGCGGAGUUCCAGGUGUUCCGGUCUUCUCACCCGUUCGAGCGCUACGACGCGGAGUACAAGAAGCUCUUCAUGUUUGAGCGCGUGAAUCACGGCGAGGACCUCCACAUGCCUAUCACUAUCAUCUGGGGGGUUACACCCGAGGACAACGGGGAUCCCCUGAACCCUAAGAACAAGGGGAAGCUGAUGCUGGACAGCAGCUUCAACAUAGCCAGCCCAGCAUCUCAGCUGUGGAUCCUUAACUUCUGCCAGAAGCUGAGGAACCAGAGCUUUGUCUUUCAGUCGGAGGAUCAGGACUUCACCAGCUGCUUCAUCGAGACCUUCAAACAGUGGAUGGAGAACCAGGACUGUGAGGAGACCUCGGUCUACCCCUGCUGUAGUCAGUCUACUUUCCCCUAUAAGAAGGACGUGUUUCAGCUGUGCAUCAAGAGAGCCAUCAUGGAGCUGGAUCGAAGCACAAGCUACCAUCUGGACAGCAAGACCCCCGGACCUCGGUUUGACAUCAACGACACCAUCAGAGCCAUCGUUCUGGAGUUCCAGAGCACCUACCUCUUCACCUUGGCGUAUGAGAAGAUGUACCAGUUCUACCGUGAGGUGGACGCCUGGAUCACGGAGGAACUGCGCUUCGCCCCAGAAGGUCUUAGCCACGGCUGGUUUGUCAGCAACCUGGAGUUCUACGACCUCCAAGACAGCCUGUCGGGCGGCACGCUGAUUGCCAUGGCGCUGUCUGUGGCCGUGGCUUUCAGUGUCAUGUUGCUGACCACCUGGAACGUCAUCAUCAGCCUGUACGCCAUCCUGUCUAUUGCUGGCACCAUCUUUGUCACCGUGGGCUCUCUGGUGCUUCUGGGCUGGGAGCUGAACGUCCUGGAGUCGGUCACCAUCUCCGUUGCCGUGGGGCUCUCUGUGGACUUCGCUGUCCACUACGGCGUGGCCUACAGGCUCGCUCCAGAACCCGGCCGGGAGGGGAAGGUGGUCUUCUCCCUCAGCCGGAUGGGCUCCGCCAUCGCCAUGGCAGCGGUGACAACCUUUGUUGCCGGGGCGAUGAUGAUGCCGUCGACGGUCCUAGCCUACACCCAGCUGGGCACGUUCAUGAUGCUCAUCAUGUGCAUAAGCUGGGCUUUUGCCACCUUCUUCUUCCAGUGCAUGUGCUGCUGCCUGGGGCCCCAGGGCACCUGUGGUCAGAUCCCUCUGCCCAAGAAGCUGCAGUGCCAAGCCUUUGGCGAAGACAUGCCCGCAUGCCCACCCCCCGAGGAGAAGUAUCAGCUGGGGGCCAGGGGCAGGGAGGCAGAGCGCUAUGAGCUGGAGCCAUUGGCCUCCUGCCAGAAGGCCGGAGUUAAACCCGGAGAGGAGGAGGAGGAGGAGACGGAGGAGGAGCUUUGCUCUCGGCUCUGUAACGGAGUCCCUCCUCAUCCAAACCACACCGCAGCUUUUCCACAUGUUCGCAGCACUGAUAUAGACAGAACACAGCCAGAAAACGGCCUCCCUACCCCACCCAGUUGCCAGUACACUUACAACUGUACAUGUGUAGAUCCCCCAUCUCAGCUUGUUCAGCAGUGGGCCCCGCGUCCCUGCACUCCCCGGGACUCCCCGUCCUGCCCUCCCACCCCACAGCUCCUCCAUCUCUCAGGCAAUGCCAGGAUCAAACAGAACCCAGCCCUGUUAGCGCCCAGCGUGGACCCGGCCUACUCACACAUGGACUGCUGUGUCCACUACGUCCACUGCCCCCUCACUCAGUUCCAUCACUGCUCACAGGGAAGGCCAGUGGGCCCCAGGCAGGGACCUGCCCAUGCCUGCCGUCUCAGAAAGUACUGUGUCCAACCGGCGUCACACCAGGACAGCAGCAAAGCUUCCGGACAAGGCUCUACUCCGCAGACCACGGACAAAGUAACAAAACCUUUAAAUCCUGAAGGGGAGCAGGAGGCGAGCUCCCAAGCCCCGACACGGCCCAACGGCCGGUGUGCCAGCCCCUCUGCACAGACCGCCCGUCAUGACAAACACAGGAUGAAGGAAAGCGAACACUGCUGUGAAGCAAAUCCUGCAUCCAUCAUUAUUACAGACGCAAUUGCAGAACUCGCCGAUUGUGCUAAAAUCCCUGGCAACCAGGAGAGGCCCGACAGUAUUCCCGUCACACGGGAGCAAAGCGCCAAAAGGUGCAAACGGAGCUCCAGAAGAGAGCGGCCGCCCCCCGCCGCCCCAAAGAGACCCUACUGUUUCAGCAGGACGUUGAAAGUGAGGUGCAGCUCGGCGUCAGACUUUAACGUGCCAAAAGGUGAAGCCAGCGAGCCUCCUGUUGCUGCGAACACUCCGCCCUGCUCUGAAAGCUUGUGCUGAUGCGUGGUUAAAAACCCAAAAAUGGCUGACACAGUUCUGUGCAAUUCUACUAGGUGCUGGGUGUGCCAGCUCUGCUAUGGAAUAUUGUCCUUGUUUUGUGCUUAACUCAUGUAUUUCAUGUCCCUAGUGUCAUGUACUGUAUGAAUAUUUACAUCUUUUUACACAGAAAGCUUUAAAGUGACCAUUUUACUUCUCCAGCAGCCAUUUUGCACCACCGCUACACCAACAGGGUCUGAACUCCAGUUUCCUGCUAAACUAUUCACACCCCGACCACAGACUUCUACGUAUUUUAUUGGGAUCUUAUGUGAUAGAUCAACACUACAUAGUGUAUAAUUGUAAAGUGGGACGGAGAUAAUAAAUGGUUUUCAGCAUCUGUCCAUCGUCUUCUGCUUCUCCGGGAUCGGGUCGGAUAACCCCUCUGCUGCCACCAGACAUCCCUCUCCUCCCCAAGGCGUUCCCAGGCCAGACUAAAUGGUCCUUCCAGUGAGUUCUGGGUCUUCCCCGGGGUCUCCUCCCAGUGGGACGUGCUUGGAAACCCCCCUAAGGGAGGCGCCAUGGGGGCAUCCUGAUCCGAUGCAACCUUAUCCACACACAGAAACAUAACAGUGUGGUGUGCAUUUUGAUUCAUCCCUCCUAAGUUAAUACUUUUCAGAACCGGCUUUGGCUGUAAUUAUUGAUGGAAGUAUGUUGGUGGCAUUGUUCUUUGCAGAAGAGCUCAGGCCCAGGUCGGAUAGAGCAUCUAUUAACUUCAAUUCAAUUCAAUUUUCAAUUCAAUUAAAUUUUAUUUAUAUAGCGCCAAUUCAUGAAACAUGUCAUCUUGGGGCACUUUACAAAGUCAGAAUCAAUCAUAUUAUAUUAACAUGCAUUUUCAAGUCUUACCUCAGAUUCUCAAAAAAACCGAAGUCUGAACUACUUCAUUUUAUCUCUGAAUGUUUAGGGCCGGGCCCUACGGUGUCCCUCUGUUUCACAGUGACAGUGGAGCCUGGGUGCAGAGAGGUGCCAUGUCAGCUGUCUUCCAGGCAGUCUGCAUACUUUGCUGUGUGUCUUGUGCCAAACAGCCUUCUCAUGGCCUUUUUCCUACUCCCACCUGAGUUACUGAUCUCUGCAGCUGCUCCAGAGACACCACGAGCCUGUCGGCUGCUUCCCUGGUAAACGGUUGUGUACUAUUUCCACGUUGGGUUAAUAGAUGGAACAGAUAGAGAUGGACUGGCCACCUGUCCAGGGUCUUCCCUGCUUUGAACCCGUCCCCCACAACCCAACACCAAAAAGCAGGUCUUGAUGAAUUGAACAGAAUCUUCAUUUCACUUCACAACUAUAGUCCAUCACAUAACAUUCCAAUAAAAAAUUGGUUUUUGGUCAGAAUUUGCUGGGAAAAAAAGGGAGCAGGUACUUCUGCAAGGCACUGCAUGCGCGCUUAGCAGGUUCUGUUGAUCACCUCGACCUUAACAUAUUUCACGAGCGGCUUCACGUUGUUUAGUGUCACCUUUUGUAUUUCUGGGAUCACCUGUUGUGUUCCCAGUUUGCUCGAGCCUCAACAUGCCUCAGAUAGAAGCUGCACCGUCAUUAAAACGCUUUCUCUUAC